AUGGAUCAAAGAACAAGGUACAUUAACAACGCGUCUGGCGAAGCACCUCGACGAGGACGAAGGACUCCUGCGCAAUGGUUUAAGAAAUAUUUUUGGGAAGGACAGACUGUGACUGAAACCCAAAUUAAGGCUCUCGAGGAACUAGAACCUGAUGCACCAUGGCACAGGAAGCUUAUGGUGAAGUACCGUCUUUUCGUUGGUAUUGCCAUAGCGUCGGGACUCUGUCACAUUGUUUGGUGGACUUGCGCCAUUAAGUACAACUGGUUUGCUCUCUUUCCUGACUUAUACUACAUGACCUUGACAAUGGUUCUUGGCGGUACUGUUGCAGGAAUGACCAGCGAAGGUGGAGGUGCAGUUGCUUUUCCCGUAUUGACCCUUGCUUUUGAUGUGUCACCAUCAGUGGCACGCGAUGUGGCACUUAUGGUGCAGUCCUGCGGUAUGUCAGCAGCAACUUUUGUCAUCUUCUGGAUGCGGGUGCAGAUAGAGAUGCACUCCAUAGUAUUUUGUUUCGCCGGAGGUGUCCUCGGAGUCAUACUUGGGCUGGAGUUUGUGGAUCCGUACGUCAGUGCAAAGGUAAAGAAAAUGAUUUUCGUCUGCGUGUGGUUCUCAUUUGCCUUCGCCCUCUUUCUUCUCAAUCGCUACCACAAGCGCAAGACUUACAAGACCAUCCCUAACAUCAAGCCUUGGAAGAUAUUCGUUCUCCUGAUGUGUGGAUUUAUCGGUGGCCUCUUUACUGCCGUUGUCGGGGGCGGAGUGGACAUCUGCAGCUUCAGCGUCUUGACGCUCCUGUUCCGUGUCACUGAGAAGACGGCCACGCCAACAUCAGUUGUCAUGAUGGCAUGGACUUCUCUGGUGGGCCUGUUCUGGCGCCGGGUCAUCCAAGAAUCUGUCACUCUUCAAGCCUGGAACUACAUCAUUGUGACUGCUCCAGUUGUGAUGUUCAUGGCUCCUUUAGGCUCCAUCCUUGGAACUCACUUCCAUCGCCAAGUUCUUGCUGCCUUAAUCUACAUCUUGGACACAAUCUCUCUUCUCACCGCCUUCGUUAUCGUCCCACUCAGCCCAGCACUAAUUGGGAUGUCCGUGGGCAUAUUAAUCUUUGGAUUCGCCUUCUUCGGCUUGAUCGCCUAUGCUGGCCAGAGAAUGAUGGAAAAUAUUGAACGGAACAAUGCAGAGCUGGCACAUGUGGAGGUUAAUGGAACGAAAGAAAUGGAAGCUGCUAAUGAAGGCUUUUCCAACAUAGGAUAUAAAGCUGACACUACUGCUUUGUAGAAAAAUGAAUUGAUCAGGCACAGACUAGCAAAAACACUCGCGCUAUAAAGUGAGAAAGCGUAUCUUCUGUAACAUUUUAAAGUAAACAUUGCAAUAUGUAACCUACGUUAAGCGUUAUAGGAACGCACUCCAGAUAGUAAACUGUCUGUAAGUUCUUGACUAAUCUAAGCGUAGCACCAAACACAGCUAUAAUUUUUAAUACAGAGAUCUCACUCCGGCGGAAUCUCACAAUUUACCAGACCUACAAUUGUUGGGUAUAUCUAACUAUUUAAUAACACCUGGAAGUUUUCUUUGUAACUUAACUUUGUUGUAAAGAACUCGGGAUUCAUCAUGUUAAGGGGCUGGCCAGUCCCCUCCAGUUGUAGAGGCGCAUUUUGUAAGUAAUUGUGAAAUUUCAUGUCGAUUUUAAACUGAUUUCCACUGCUUUUCAGUAUGUUUUAAAUCAUUCGUUACAUUAGAAUCUUAUUUUUGUUUGGUUUUUGGUGGUACAAAACGUCUCUGUUGAAGGUCUUAAUUAGGAGAACGAGAUAUCGAGGUGCUAUGAUGGAAUCAAGUUUCCAACAAAGUAGUUUUUUUUUCUCUGCUGUGUAUAAUUUUCCAAUUCCUUACUGAUUAUUGAUGUGAGUCUAUUUAGAACUUUUGCUAACUAACAAUAGAGCGGUUUUCGAAAUAAAUUUCAAAUUCGCUUUGA